GAGAGAGGUGUGGAGGCCGAGGCGGUCACGAGGACAGGUGUGAAGACAGAGCUCGGGAUGCGCGGGAGAGACAGCACUCCGGGAAGGAUGUGCGCCACCCCCAUACUCCCCCCCAUCCCCACCCCCGGCAGUGGCAGCAGGGAGACCUCGGCGAGAGUGGGGAGGGCGGGGAGACCGAGUCUGCCCGCAGGGCCAGAUGUGCAGGGAAUAGCCAGCCGAGGGCGCGUGGACUGACGGGCGAGGCUGCCCUCUCCGCACGCUCGCUCUGCAUGGGGCCCGGGGCUGGGGUCCUGACCCGGAGAGGAGCGAGCCCGCCGCGCCUGGACUCUGCAUCUGUACGUCAGCCCCGCCCGUUGUCUUGGCAACAGUCCGUUGCCAGGGCAACCAUCGUAGCUCCGGCCCCGCCCGAACCAGCCACCCGUUACUCGGAGCAACCCAGGGCUCUGGUUCCCACGCCCGCCUUCGCCCACUUCCGGUUCAAACCCGUGGGGACGAGCACGGAAGUGGGCUCUUGGGUGUCUCCACAGAAAGGACCGUAAGACCCCGCCGACAUGUUCUCGGAGCCCCCAACCCCAGGGACUCCAGCGCCCGACACGCCUCCUGACUCGAGUCGCGUCGGCCAAGGGCCUGUACCCCCCUGGGCCCUGGCCGCAAUCGUUCUGGUCUCAGGCCUCCUUGUCUUCGGCUGCUGUUUCUGUGUCUACCGGAAGCGUUGUCGGAGGCGGUUGGGCAAGAAGAGCCAGGCCCAAGCCCAGGUCCACCUUCAGGAAGUGAAGGAGCUGGGUCGGAGUUACAUUGACAAGGUACAGCCAGAAGUGGAGGAGCUGGAGCCAGCGCCAUCUGGGCCAGGGCCGCAGGUGGCCGAGAAGCAUGAGCUAGGACGACUGCAGUACUCACUCGAUUAUGAUUUCCAGAGUGGCCAGCUGCUGGUGGGCAUCCUGCAAGCUGAGGGAUUGGCAGCCUUGGACCUGGGUGGCUCCUCCGACCCCUACGUGCGGGUCUACCUCCUGCCGGACAAGCGGAGGCGGCAUGAGACCAAGGUGCAUCGGCAGACGCUGAACCCACACUUUGGGGAGAACUUUGCCUUCAAGGUCCCCUACGUGGAGCUGGGGGGCAGGGUACUGGUCAUGGCAGUGUACGACUUCGAUCGCUUCUCCCGUAACGAUGCCAUUGGGGAGGUGCGAGUCCCCAUGAGCUCCGUGGACUUGGGGCGGCCAGUGCUGGCCUGGCGGGAGCUGCAGGCCGCUCCGCGGGAGGAGCAGGAGAAACUUGGUGACAUCUGCUUCUCCCUCCGCUAUGUCCCUACGGCCGGGAAGCUCACUGUCAUCGUCCUGGAGGCUAAGAACCUGAAGAAGAUGGACGUAGGGGGGCUCUCAGAUCCAUAUGUCAAGGUCCACCUGCUGCAAGGGGGCAAGAAGGUGCGUAAGAAGAAAACGACCAUCAAGAAGAACACUCUGAACCCCUAUUACAACGAGGCCUUCAGUUUCGAGGUGCCCUGUGACCAGGUGCAGAAGGUACAGGUGGAGCUGACUGUGCUGGACUAUGACAAGCUGGGCAAGAACGAAGCCAUUGGGAGAGUGGCCGUAGGGGCUGCAGCCGGGGGAGCUGGCCUGCGGCACUGGGCAGACAUGCUAGCCAACCCCCGGCGGCCCAUUGCCCAGUGGCACUCGCUGCGGCCGCCUGACCGAGUGAGGUCGCUGCCUGCACCCUGAUCCCCACCUCAAGCCCCUUGCCAAGCCUGGACUCGGCCCCUGACCUCUGACUCCUGGCCAAAGCCACACCCAGGCCCACCUUUAAGCCUUCUCAGACCACUAACCACCCCCACCCCACCCCAACCUGAUCCAUUCCUGCCUUCCCGUCCUGCAUUAUACCAAUCAUGGUGACUUGCCAACUCUCCCACCAAGCACAUACUCAGAAGCCCCAGGGACCCGUGGGGGAGGGGAGCAAUCUGGCCUCCCCCAACCCCAGCCUCCCACUCUCUGCUUUGACAAUCAGCAAGCCAGCCUUCUCCCCCCUUCGCUCCCAGUGCCCCUCUUCCUGCACAGGAUCACCCGCUCCCGUCCCUAGUCGGAUUCCUGCACCACUCCUGGGACCAAAUAAAUACUCAGCAACUUUGGUGGCCUGGCCUGGUGCUUACU